CGGCGGGGGACGCGGGUGGGAGGAGGUCGGGGAGGUGCGUGGGCACCCGACCCUAGCAUCCUGCACGUCCGACAUCAGCCCUGCCCUCCUUCUCAGGGGCUUCCAUUCAUUUUGUGCCAAAAGGGAACUGACGCCCCUGCCCCAAAACUUGUAGCUUUGUGGGUGGAGGGUGUGGGGAAGGCAGUGCGCAGUGAACGGACCACCGGAGUGAAGACGGUCCCCGGGAUGGAGGGCAGGAGGGAGCGAGAAGGACAGUUCUGCUCCUGGGAGCCUCUCGUUCCUGGGCAAGGGUCUGGGGACACUGGAUGAAGUUUUAAGAUCUUGUAGAAUGAUAGUCUGGGGCAGAGAAUAAAAUUCUGCAGGGAGGAGAUUGAGGGUCUGUCUGGAGGACUGGUUAGGUGGGCUCUAGGUACCAAGGGCGAUCUCAGGAGGCGCAGAAUGUGAAUCUGAGGGCUCCGAGAUUACGGUGUGGGUGCACAGGAUGGAAUUCUGGGGGUGCAGAUUAGGUAGGAUCUAGGUGCGCAGGAUGACAUUUUUGGUGAGCGUCUGGGGGACCCCGGGCAUUGCCGGAGCCAACCGAGCCGCCAGAGCCUUGGGCCGCGGGGGCGUCGCGGGCCCAACCCCACGAUGCUCCCCUGCGCCUCCUGCCUCCCGGGGUCUCUACUGCUCUGGGCGCUGCUGCUGCUACUCUCUGGGCCAGCGUCUCCUCAGGAUUCCGAAGAGCCCGACAGCUACACGGAAUGCACAGAUGGCUAUGAGUGGGACCCAGACAGCCAGCACUGCCGGGAUGUCAAUGAGUGUCUGACCAUCCCUGAGGCCUGCAAGGGGGAAAUGAAGUGCAUCAACCACUACGGGGGCUACUUGUGUCUGCCCCGCUCCGCUGCCGUCAUCAACGACCUACACGGCGAGGGACCCCCACCACCAGUGCCGCCUGCACAGCACCCCAACCCCUGCCCACCAGGCUAUGAGCCCGACGAUCAGGAGAGCUGUGUGGAUGUGGAUGAGUGUGCCCAGGCUCUGCACGACUGUCGCCCCAGCCAGGACUGCCAUAACUUGCCUGGCUCCUAUCAGUGCACCUGCCCUGAUGGUUACCGAAAGAUCGGGCCCGAGUGUGUGGACAUAGACGAGUGCCGCUACCGCUACUGCCAGCACCGCUGUGUGAACCUGCCUGGCUCCUUCCGCUGCCAGUGCGAGCCGGGCUUCCAGCUGGGGCCUAACAACCGCUCCUGUGUGGAUGUGAACGAGUGUGACAUGGGGGCUCCAUGUGAGCAGCGCUGCUUCAACUCCUAUGGGACCUUCUUGUGUCGCUGCCACCAGGGCUAUGAGCUGCAUCGAGACGGCUUCUCCUGCAGCGAUAUUGAUGAGUGUAGCUACUCCAGCUACCUCUGCCAGUACCGCUGCGUCAAUGAGCCAGGCCGCUUCUCCUGCCACUGCCCACAGGGCUACCAGCUGCUGGCCACGCGCCUCUGCCAAGACAUUGAUGAGUGUGAGUCGGGUGCACACCAGUGCUCUGAGGCCCAAACCUGUGUCAACUUCCAUGGGGGCUACCGCUGCGUGGACACCAACCGCUGCAUGGAGCCCUAUGUCCAGGUCUCUGACAACCGCUGCCUCUGCCCAGCCUCUAACCCUCUCUGUCGAGAGCAACCUUCGUCCAUCGUGCACCGCUACAUGACCAUCACCUCAGAGCGGAGCGUGCCCGCCGACGUGUUCCAGAUCCAGGCGACCUCUGUCUACCCUGGUGCCUACAAUGCCUUUCAGAUCCGUGCCGGAAAUUCGCAGGGGGACUUCUACAUUAGGCAAAUCAACAACGUCAGCGCCAUGCUGGUCCUCGCCCGGCCGGUGACAGGCCCCCGGGAGUAUGUGUUGGACCUGGAGAUGGUCACCAUGAACUCCCUCAUGAGCUACCGGGCCAGCUCUGUACUGAGACUCACCGUCUUCGUGGGGGCCUACACCUUCUGAGGAGCAGGAGGGAGCCACCCUCCCGCAGCUCCCCUAGCUGAGGAGCCUGUUGUGAGGGGCAGAAUGAGAAAGGCAAUAAAGGGAGAAAGAAGGAGUCCUGGUGGCUGAGGUGGGAGGGUCACACUGCAGCAAGCCUCAGGCUGGGGCAGGCUGGGACCUGUGGGGGGCAGGCCAAGUCCACCUAAGUGGGGGUCUCUGUGUGCUCAGGCCCAGGGGGCCCCAUUGACAGGAGCUGGGAGCUCCGUACCACAGGCUUCAGUCACCCCGAAAGCAGAGGAGGUAACGAGGAGGGCGGACUCCAGGCCCUGUCCCAGAGAUCUGGACUUGGCCGCUUUGCAGGGGUCCUGAGAAACUCCACUCUGGAUAGUGUAAGGAGGCCCUGGGUUCCAGUCCUAACUCUGUCUCAAGCUGUACAUUUUGAUAAGUCCUAGUGGUUCCCUGGGCCUGUUUUUCUAUAAAAUGAGGCAACUGGA